AUUAUAUACUUCUGAUCACUCACUCACUCGGUGCUCGGUGUACCGCCCUGAAAGCUCACGUGGGUCCAGCAUGGAGCGAGUGGUGUUGUCCAGAAUUCCUCCAGAUGAAAAGAAACUUGUGGGCGUCAGGGCCCGGCACGGCAAAGCUGCGCAGCAGUUCACCCAGGCGUUCCUGAAGAGCAGCAUUCCUCGGAUGAGCAGUGAUGCCAUCGAAGACAUCCUGCUCCACCGGGCGGUGGUGCUGCGGUACACCAGAGUGAAGAAGACGAGAGGGAAGAAGACCAAAGCCAAAGGGCUGAAUGCCAAAGAGCGCAGGGAGCUGAAAGUGUUCCAGCUGAAACCGGAACAUCAGAAGUAUGAGCUUUUCCUGCCGCUGCAUGAGCUGUGGAAGCAGUACGUAGCGGAUCUGUGUAACGGACUCAAGCCAGAGAGCAACCCGCAGAUGAUUCAGCAGAAACUCCUGAAGGCUGAUUUUCACGGCGCUGUUCUGACAGUGGUGCGGUCAAAAUGCCCGUCGUAUGUUGGGACGACUGGAAUUCUGGUUCAGGAGCUCAAACACGUCUUCAAGAUCAUCACCAAGGAGGACAGACUGAAGACCAUCCCGAAGAGGAACAGCGUGUUCAGCGUGGAAAUGGGUGACUUCAUCACCCACAUCUACGGGAGCAGGUUCGAGCUGCGGUCCAGCGAGCGCUCGGCCAAGAAGUUUAAAGUGAAGGGAAACAUCGACUUAUGACGGGGAUUCAGAGGAGCUGCCGCCGGGUCUCUGUCUGGUGUUAACGCCUGUCUUAUAACACUGUAAUAACAUUGGGAAGCCUUGAUUCUCCUGCCUUAUUAUUUUUUGUGCUCUAUUUAUUCUUUAACCCAGGGUGCUGAGCUGAACCUGCCGUUUAGUGCUUCUCCGUAUUAAAUACACCUGAUUCAGAUCAUCAAGUGUGUUUACAUGCGCUUAAUAAUCCGACAACCGCAGAAAGAUCUGAGUGUUUACACGACCCUUUGAAUAAUCAGAUAACUGCAGAAAUCGGAUUAUGAUGGGAUUAUUGAGUGCAUUGGAAAUCUCUGCGGCCCAGAAGGAGCCCAGCCUGACACCCUGCUCUAAACUGUGCGCCUGCUUUUGGAGUUGGACUGUGAAAAAUUCCAUUGUUGUUCAAGUUUUGCCCACCAGAGUCCGACUUUGUAAUGCAGGAUGUUUUAGUGUUAAAAAUAAUAAUUAUAAUAGCUUUAGUGGUGCCACACCUUUUCAGCUACACAUGCAUUAAAAUAAGAUGUUUGUUUUUAUUGAUUUGCUAUAUGAUUUAUUCUUUAAACUGUAAAAGUCUCUACAUUUAAAGUGGGACGUGUGGGAAGUUUGGUUGUAUUUCCAGUUUUUCCCCACAAGGGGGAGACAGUGUUGGACUGAUCUUUUGUUGGCACAGAGCUCAUAGAACAUUUGAGAGCUCUGUAUUUCUUUUUUGAGCUGCGGUUAUUAUUUUACAGUGUAUAUUUGCAUUUGUGCUGUAUUUCUCUUUUUCCUCUAGGGGGAGACAAAGCCACACUUUACAGCUGAAUAAAUCCAGCUCUGACUGAC